GUUCUUUUUUGAUUUACUUUUACAUUCGCACUCUUCAGUAAAAAGAUACAGAAUGUCCCUGUCUAAACCGGAAAAGCUGUUCCAAGAAGAACUGACUUGUCUGAUCUGUAUGCAAGUCUUUUCUGAUCCGGUCGUGCUGCCCUGUGGUCACAGCUUCUGUGCUUCUUGUAUCGGGGAGGUGAUUGAAAGAGAAGCCGAGAAAGGACAGCACACCUGCCCCGAAUGCCGGAGCGAACACAAAGGGAAAGCUGCGCUGCAGAGAAACGUCAAGCUUUGCAACAUCGUGGAGGGGUUCAAAGCAAGCGAGUGCACCUCAGCUUAUCAAGUGCUCUGUGAUAUGUGCUUAGAGAACGCACUGCCUGCAGUGAAAACAUGCCUCAAGUGUGAAAUCUCACUGUGUGCUCUGCAUCUAAAACGACACGGGGAAAAGAAGACUUCUCAAAGCCAUUCUCUAGUGGACCCCACAGCAGACCUCAGUGCAAGGAAAUGCUCACUGCACGACAAACCCCUGGAGUAUUACUGCGUCGAGGACCGGUCUUGUAUUUGUAUUUUAUGUGCUUUUGAAGGUAAUCACAAGAAUCACAAUGCAAAACAUUUACAAACAGCUCAUGAUGAAUUCAGGACAACCAUGGAGUUUCAGCUGAAAGAAAUAACAGCGAAACUGAAUCUGUCUGAGCGCCUCCUGCAGAAGGGAAAGGAGGAUGAAACUGCAGUUAAAGCUGAAAACGCUGAAAUGAAACAGAAAGCCGUGGAGCUGUUAGACCGCCUUGCUGAACUUGUUGCCAAUUACAAAGCACACGUGAUUGAAACGAUUGAAGCGGAACAGCGCCCCGUUGUGGAGAGUCUGCAGCAGAGCAUCCGCAGAGUCACAGAGCAGCAGAGUCUUCUGAAGCACACACAGCUCCAAGCUGACUCUGUCUGGGCUGAAAGGGAUGAGUUUUUGUUCAUUCAGAAGCUCCUGGCAAUCGAUUCCAAAUUAACAGAAGCAAUAAAGGAGCCUUUAAGGGAACCAACUGCAAAGUGUUUAAACAGAAAGAAAGUCUUUGAUUAUCUGGAGAAGAAAAACACUGAGUUUCAAGCAGAUACUGCAAGAAUACAGAAAGGUCUGCAAGCAUUGAUAAUCCCCCCAGAGCUAACCUUUGAUCCAAAUACAGUUCACCCCAACCUGAUUCUCUCCGCUGAUCUCAAGACAGCGAGAUACUCUUCUGUGAAACAGCCGUACCCGAACCACCCGGAGAGGUUUUCCAGUUUCCAACAAGUUCUGUGUUUCCAGGGCUACUCGUCAGGAGAACAUCGUUGGGAAGUGGAAACUACUGUGGAGUGUGAGUGGACUUUGGGAGUCUGUUACAGGAGUAUUUGUAAGACAGGUUUAGGUAGUGCACUGGAAAGUAAUAGAUUCUCUUGGUGUCUUCUGUGGAGCAAUAAAAAGCUUAGUGCCUCUGAUAUGGGAAAAUGUACUCUUCUUCUUAACUCUCAACCUAUCACUGUUGAAGUGCAUUUGAAUUAUGAUGCAGGAACGCUGUCGUUUCACAGUGUAAGUGGCAGACGGGUCCACCUGCAUACUAUUAACACAACAUUCACAGAGCCAGUGUAUCCCUCAUUUAGGGUUAUUUCCUGCAGCCCAUCAUCUUGGGUAUCUCUAUGCAGUUCAUCUUUGAACAACUCCCUCAGAUAAAUGGUUCUUUGACUAACAGAAUUCAUCCCACUCAAGCAGGCAAAUGCAGAUUUUACUGUAAUAGACUGCAUUUAAGGCAUCAGUCUUAAGGGUAAUAACUGAUAAAAGAAUUUGCAUCAUGUGGUACAUGUUCAGAUAUUUUGAUGGUAGUGUUUUGGAUUUCCUAUUUCUAUCAAAGGAAACGUAUUUUGUAUAAGUAGAAGAUAUUGUAUAUAUGAUGCAUAUUUGUCAUCUUGA